ACUUGAACCAAUCGCUGGCAUUGCAGGAGUGCACAGCAGCACGCAGCCGGGCAGCCCAGCGGGCCUCUCGUGUGCAGCAGCCUAGAGCGCCAUGCUGGACAUCAACCUGUUCAGAGAGGAGCGGGGUGGCAACCCGGAGAUCGUGCGGGAGAGCCAGCGGCGGCGGUUCAAGGAUGUGGGGCUUGUUGACCGGGUGCUGGAGCUGGAUGCCAAGUGGCGGGAAGCCCGGGGCCAGCUGGACACUCUGAACAUGGACUUUAACAAGCUGAACAAAGAGAUUGGGGCGCUGCGCAAGGCCAAGCAGGAUGCCACGGCGCUGCAGGAGCGGAGCAAGGAGAUGAAGGCCCGCAUCAAGGCUCAGGAGGAGCUGGAGAAGUCGCUGUCCGAGGAGCGCGACGCCGCCAUUGUGCCCAUCGGCAACCUUGUGCCUGACAGCGUUCCGGUGGACAAUGAUGAGGCGCGUGACAACAAUGCGGUGGUCAAGGAGUUUGGGGAGCGGCGGCAGGAGGAGGGGCUGCUCAACCACGUGGACCUGGUGCUGCUGCUGGACAUUGCAGACCUGGAGGCGGGGGCGGCGAAGCCGGUCAUGGCUGAGUGCGCGCAGCUGAGCCAGUUCGACGAGGAGCUGUACAAGGUCACAGGCGAAGGCGAGGAGAAGUACCUGAUCGCCACCAGCGAGCAGACGCUGUGCGCCAUGCACCGCAGAGACUGGUUUGACAAGCAGCAGCUUCCCAUCAAGUACAUCGGCUACUCCACCUGCUUCCGCAAGGAGGCUGGCAGCCACGGGCGGGACACCCUGGGAAUCUUCCGCGUGCACCAGUUUGAGAAGGUGGAGCAGUUUGUGAUUGCCUCGCCGCACGACGACGACAGCUGGGUGGCGCUGGAGGAGAUGAUCGCCAACGCAGAGGCCUUCUACCAGGCGCUGGGCUUCCCGUACAGGGUCGUCAACAUCGUGUCUGGCGCGCUGAACGACGCGGCGGCCAAGAAGUAUGAUUUGGAGGCCUGGUUCCCCGCCUCGCGCGCCUACCGCGAGCUCGUGUCCUGCUCCAACUGCACAGACUACCAGGCUCGGCGGCUGGACAUCCGGCUGCGCAGCGCCAAGGGUCCCGGCGGCGAGAGCAAGAAGGAGUAUGUGCACAUGCUCAACGGCACGCUGUCGGCCACCGAGCGCACGCUGUGCUGCCUGCUGGAGAACUACCAGACGGCGGAUGGCGUGCGGGUGCCCGAGGCGCUGCAGCCCUUCAUGAUGGGCAUCGACUUCAUCCCCUUCAAGAAGGCGUUUGAUGGCAAGGGAAAGCUGGUGGACCGGCCGGCAGCCAAGGCGGCGGCGGCGGCCGACGGUGGGGCGGCCAUGAGCACCAGCUAG